AUGGAGAUUGAGGACCCUACGUAUGAGCCCCUCGCAUUUGCGACGCCGGUCACCGCAACGAACACCCCAAGCUCACCUCUUCGCGUCUGCCCCCAGACUCGUGUUGUCAACUACCAAACAACCUGGCAUCAUCUCAGAGGCUGUGCCGAUUUCGGCAUCUGCAGCUGGUGCUUCAACAAAUAUAUUGGUUCUUCACAGUUAACCCACGAAUUCGACAGUGAAGUUAAGUCCGGGUUGACUUGCCGCUUCAACGUCCCCCGGAUUACCAAGAGCCUCUGGCCGGAUGCUAAGCAGACAGCAAAUUUGGGAUUAUUGCGGGAUUACAUGCUCCGCCACGCCUCUGUUCCUGCCUGUACUAAGGCUGCAGGGGCUGUCGGCACGGAUGGGGUCAAAUGGUUUGGUCUGGCCGCUGGCGAGCUCGGCAUGGUGGCCUGCGAGGCCUGUCAUGAAGACAUCGUUCUUAGCACGACGUUUGCCGGCCGCUUCUGUCCUCUGAAGCAAGUCCAGGGCGCGUCGGAGCGAUGGACCUGCACCAUCAGCUACUCCUACGUCAGCCGCGCUUUACAGAUAUUAUCGAGGCGAAGAGACCAAGACACCGCUUGGGUGGAAUUCGUCGAAGCAGCGAGGAAGCGCAUGGCACUACCGACUUGCGAGGGUAAAGAAAUCAACGCUAUACAGUGUAACUGGUAUCGCCCAAGGCAAUCAGUAGCAAACCUCGACUUUUGCGAGACAUGCUACCUAGAUCAGCUCGCCAUGACACCCUACGCCGACGACUUUGCGGACACGGCAGAAGGCGUUGAAGAAAAGCUCUGCAUGCGCGCCUGUGACCUGCAACUCAUCAACCUCGGCGAAUGUGUCUACCUGGCAAGAACCAAGGGCCUCCGUGUUCAGGUUAUCCUCCAGGCAGCUGCCAAGAUUGCUUCGAGCCCGCGCUGCUUCAAGGGCAUGGGAAUCAUCAAUGGCAAGUUUUAUAACUUCAAGAGCGGCAGCGCGGCAAAUUUUGGCGCGUGUGAGGCAUGCCAUGCAGGUAUCCUCGUGCAGCACGGCGUCGAGGCCUUUUUUGGGUCCGAGCCACAGCUUGUCGCCGGUACAGCGUGGUGUGCUUUCAACCCCAGCGUAGCACGCUUCAAUGGCCUCGUCGAUCAUUGGCAGCAAGCCUCGGAGACAGGCUACUGGGGUGCCUACGAGACGUGGGUGAAGAAGUACGCCGCGCUGCCGGUCUGUCCGAACUUCAAUUUGGCGGCGAAAAGCAAGUGGUAUGGCUGGCAGGACUGCACCAUAUGCCCAGAAUGCUACGAAACAGCUGUCGAAGGAACCUCUCUGGCUACCAGCAUGGAGCUGCACGACGUUGUCAUCGAGGGGGAGACGCUUUGUUGCAUGUACUCAGAUCGCAUGAGGGGCAAGUACAAAGAAGCCUGCGAGGCGGGAGACGCGACGGAGCUGCGUGCAUUUUGCCGAAAGCGCUGGGAGACUUAUCAGCAGACCGUGCCGAGGUUCAAGAUGAUCUAUGAAAUGCAAAGCAUGCAGUCAGCAAUGGCCAUGUCGAACAUGAUGCUCAGUAUGUCAUACCAACAUGCGAAUGCCAUGAGCGACUGGGUCACUCCCUCUCGUUAUGAGUACGGAAACAGCAGUGUGGGAUACCAUUCGUCGCAGUAUGGGGUCGACAGCGCAGAGGCGUGGAACAAAGGUCAGGAAGGGUUUGCGCAGGCGAGGGGAGGCGUUGCCGAAGCAAGCUAUCUCAAGGACGUAUGGCAGGCUGUGGAGUAG